UCCUCAAAGGAGAGAAAAACAAGGAUUUCUCACACAAAAUUACCGAAAAAUCCAUUCACAAACAUAAAAUAAACUUAUUCCGUUCACGAAAAACCUAAGAUCAAACUCUACGAACAAAACCAGUUUUUUAAUAGUCUGCGAGUUUUGAAUUUUGCUUAUUUCUUUUUAGUAUUAUCUUCCUAUUUUGAUUUUGAUUGGAGUUUUUUUUUUUGGUUUUCCAAAGAACCAAACUGCGAAACCCUAAACCUAAACUUUUGCAGAGGUUAAACAAAACUUCUUCUUAAGGCAUUGAAAGAAUACAAAACCUAAAAAAUAACUGGUGGUGCAGCCAUCAUGAUUAAAAAGAAGAAACAAGAAAAUUAUCCAUCCAUAGUUUACGAUUCUCUUUUCCACAACCUUCAUCCUCUUUGAGAAGUUCAACAGAAGAUCGAUUGCAAUUGCUCUCGCCGUUCUGAGUAACGAUCUUACUCUCUUUCAACAUUUUUUCUUUUUCGAUUUGAGUUUUAACUUUCAUAUGAUUAAGAUUUGCAUGAAAAGAUAUCAAUGUUAUUUGUUUAGCAAUCUUUGCAACAAAUCGACUUUACCAGGUAUUAUUCUUUUAAUUAUGUUUACGAAGGUUGUCUCUGAAUCUCCUAAAUUAGUAGAUUAUGAGUCCCUGCAAUUAUCCGUGCAAUAUAUAUUGCCUACUAACAUUUGCUUAUAUCUAAUUAUGAAGUGUCCCCUCGACGACGAGCCAGGUCAGUAACUAAAAUCCAUUAUUUUGUCAAUGUUUUUUUCUUCUGCGAAGCAGUUUUCACACUCUAAAUGGCUACUAACUUCUAACUAAAUUGUUUUUAUGAUUUUCUAGAUAAAUAUUAACUCUACAGAUACAAGUGACGACAUUUGAUUUUAUUUCUGAUAUUGUUAAGAUCCAAGGAGAUAUAUAUUUACAACUGAAACAAUAACUUAACAUUUGUUAGUGUGUUGGUAAUUGUGUUUGUUGUUGUCUCUUCCAACUGAAACAAUAUGUUCCUCCUUCUUUGGUCUAAUCUUUUUCUUCCCUUAAAAUGAAGGUAUGAGAUGCCCUUAAGAAUAUGGAGAAGAAUCCCAAUGAAAAUGAAGUUGCAAUAAGAAGCAGUGCUCAUAUAUGCAGAGUAUAUCGCGGAGCAGAAAAGUGUGCAAGGUUUCGAAGGGAAAAACAAAUAAUCCUAGAUGGUUACAUACGACGAAGAAAACUGCGUCCAAGCUCUUUACAGAUCAACACUUUACUCCAAAUUCUGGCAACAAACCCAAGAUGUGGACUGAGAAUUGGACCGGAUGCUUCCAAACUUUCUGUGGGUCUGUUCCUUACAGACCAGGGUAAGACAUUGCAUUUUCUGUGGCAAGGAUUUUCCAAAGAGGCGGAACUUUCCAAAAUUACUACAUGUAUCAUGGCGGGACAAACUUUGGCCGGACUUCUGGAGGAUCGUUUAUAACCACAAGCUAUGACUACGAUACUCCAAUAGAUGAGUGUGGAUAAUCAGGCUGCAUGUUAGAAUAGUUCUUGGACGUGGUGGAAGGAACAAAAUAGACUCAAUAAAAUUUGUUGCUAAUUGUUAAUUCAUGUAAUGAGAUUGUGGACUCGAUCUUUCUGCAUUUGCCGGUGAUGAUUCAAGUAUAUUGCAUACUUAGAGAGUUAAGAUUAUUAGGCGAAUUAGGACUUUUGGACGAAUGGUGCAAAUAUAUCAAAUGAUCAUGUUACCCAUUCAUGAGUUCUAACCGGUGUACCUGUUGGGGCGAACCACAUAAUUCGAAAAUUAUUGUGGCACUAAUUUACCAUCCGCGAGUAAGUUGAUCACUAUCUUUCUUAU